AUGAGGAACUACACGCCAGUGACUGAGUUCAUCCUCUUGGGACUUACAGACAACCCGCGAUUACAAACGGUAAUUCUCUUCUACAUGUCUGUCACCUAUGUGAUGAGCAUCACCGGCAACCUGUCCAUCGUGACUCUUACCCUGCUGGACUCCCACCUCCGCACCCCCAUGUACUUCUUCCUGCGCUGCUUCUCCUUCCUAGAGAUCUGCUUCACAUCCACCUGCAUUCCCAGAUUCCUAGCCACUCUCGCCACCGGGAACAGGACCAUUUCCUACAACUGUUGUGCAACUCAGCUAUUCUUUUUUUUUCUGCUGGGGGCAACCGAAUUCUUCCUCCUGGCCGCCAUGUCCUAUGACCGCUACGUCGCCAUUUGCCGGCCGCUACACUACACGACGGUCAUGAGCCAGAGAGUCUGUACUCUCCUGAUGCUCAGUUCCUUGCUGGCCGGGUUCCUGGUCAUCUUUCCUCCUAUCAUCCUUGGACUCCAACUAGACUUCUGUGGCUCUGUAGCCAUUGACCAUUUCUUCUGUGACGUCUCCCCUAUGCUCCUGCUCUCCUGCUCGGACACCUGGUUACUGGAACUGAUGGCUCUCGUCUUGGCCGUGGGGACAGUACUAAUCACCUUAGCAUUAGUGGUCAUGUCCUACACAGCCAUCGCCCGCGCCAUCCUGAGACUGCCCUCCACUCAGCAGAGGAAAAAAGCCUUUUCCACCUGUUCCUCCCACAUGGUUGUGGUCUCCAUCACAUAUGGCAGCUGCAUCUUUAUGUACAUCAAACCGUCCGCCAAGGACAGGGUGGACCUGACCAAGGGGGUGUCCUUGCUCUACACUUCCGUGGCUCCCAUGCUGAACCCUUUUAUCUACACCUUAAGAAAUCAGCAAGUCAAGCAGGCCAUCAGGGACCUGGUGCAUCGGGUUCAAUUUUUCUUCAGAGGAUGA